GCUUCUCUCCCCACUCUAAGCCUACAAUCUAAUUCCUUUUCCUCAUUCACAGUCCUCCAUCCUUCAUUCAAUCCACCGAUCAUGACCUCCCCCAAACCAUCCUUCCUCCUCCUCCACGGCGCCUGGCACACCCCGCACGUAUUCUCGCGCCUAAUCCCCCUCCUCAACGCCCACGGCUACAAAACCCUCGCCCCGCACCUCCCCAGCUCGGGCGCCAACCCCGCCUUGCGAACCUGGGACCCCGAUAUCGAAGUGAUCCGCAACUCAGCCACAGAACUAGCAAAACAGCACGACGUAAUCGUAGUCAUGCACUCGAACUCCGGGCUCACAGGGACGCAAGCGCUCGCGGGCCUAGACAAAAAGAGCUGCGAGUCGCGGGGCUGGAAAGGCGGCGUCGUGCGACUAGUGUAUAUCUGCGCGUUUAUGUUUCCGGAGGGGUGGACGCAGUGUCCGCGCGGCACAGGGGAGGGCUUGGAUCCGGAUAUUGUUGUCGAUCUUGAAAGCGGGACGUACACGGUGCUGCCAGAGAAAGUGAAGGGGUUGAUGUAUCAGGAUGUUUCUGAGGACGAGGCUUUGGAGAUUGCGGAGGGGCUGCUGCCGCAGAGUUUGCCGCCCAAUUGGUGCACGACGACACAUGCGGCGUGGCGCUGGAUACCGACGACGUAUGUUAUUACGCUGGGGGACAAGGCUAGUACAGUGGCCGCGGAGGAGUGGUUGGUGAAGAGCGCGAUGGAGAAUGAACCUCAUGCUAUUGAGAAAGUGAUUAGGAGGGAGGUGGGGCAUACGACUUUUUGGAGUCAGCCUGGGUGGACGGCGGAGAUGUUGAUUGGGGAGGCUGCUGGGGAGGUUUGA